AAGACUCAGUUAUAUCCCGAGCUCUCCCCCUUCCUUUGAGAAACUUCACUAGUCAGUCAUUAGAGUCAAACUAGUAAUGUUUGAGUCCUCUCGCCGUCAAAAUUUUUUUUUUGUUCUAUGAGCUACCAUCUGUUUUCUUUUUUUCCUUCGCGUCGCGCUGCUCUCAAAAAUCACGUCUGGAAUCACGCCUAGAACCACGUCUAGAUCCUGCGAUCGUAAGGUCUAGAUUGUUUCUCACCAGCAAGCUCCUGGCUUCUAGUGCUAGAUCUCUACCAUUAUACCGAGGCGUCUAGGUCGACAAUACAUACGCCAUGGCAGUGUUCAGUCAGCCUGCAAGGCAGGAGGGAAAUGGACAUCUGGACGCCAGAGAAGAUAGACGUUCAUUUGGAGAAGAUCCCUUUUCAGAUAGGUCUAGACGCAACUCCGGAUCUUUUAGCUCGACCAGAUCGUCUCAAUCAUCGUCCCAUUAUGGCACGCCUGGAGUCACUCCCGGAGCUGCUCCCGGGAUGGUUCACUUUCCCCAAGCGAUUUACACCGUGCCGGGACAGGCCAUUAGCACCGAUGUUGCGACAGAAAUACAGCCGCCACCACGUUCCCGUCGACGUAGUAUAGCCCCCGAGCACCUUCCUGUCGUGACGGCGCCAGCGGGACCACGGACCGUGUCUUUGACUUCCGGGUCGUCCGUGUCGACUCCGUCCGAUGUACAGCGACGAGCGACUCUCGCUAGUCUACCACCUCUUACUGUCAACGCGACAUCUUCGGCUAUAGCUGCCGAGGCUACAGAUCCCGUUCUAAUAAAGAAGGGUAAAAGGAAGGUCGCCAUACACAAGUACCUGGCAAUAGCUUUCAUAUUUUCCGUGAACUUCAUGUUGAUCUUCGCCAGUUGGUGGUGGCCUAAGUUCUACUUUAUCUACCUUCCACUCAUCUCUUUGCCUCUUGUCCUGAAUUGUAUCAUGAUUUUCGACAUCAUAGUUUGGUCACUGAAGAACCUGGUAUUCAAGCCGAAAAAGACCCCGCCUCCAACACCAGAGGAAAUGGUACUACUCAUGCCAUGCUAUAACGAAACGUUCGAAGAAUGUUCUAGGUCGCUUGAUUCACUAGUCAAUCAAGUCAAUAUUUCGCAUCAUAAACAAGCCAUUAUGGUUGUUUGCGACGGCAAGGUACGGGGGCCCGGAAUGGAAAAAACUACAGGCGAUUACCUCAACCAGGAUAUAUUCGUCGAACAAAUUGAACGCAAAAUGAUUCGUGCAGCAUACGUCGCGUGGGACGGUCAAUCUAUGGAUGUCGAAGUCACUAGAGGAAUAUACAAGGGCGUACCUUAUUUUUGCAUCGUCAAACAGCAAAACCAGGGUAAACGGGAUAGUUUGAUCGUCGCUCGCUCGUUCGUCUACAAUUUCAACGUGCGUCACAGCCAGCCUAAAGUCAUUUUCAACCCCGACUUCUUCAAGGCCAUGACGGACUUCCUAGUUAAGGAUGCGGGCAUCAAACACGUCGAAUUUUUAAUUGGGAUGGACGCAGAUACGGUGUUCGCGCACGAUUGCAUUAGCCAUCUGGUCACGGAAGCGCAUUAUCCCAAUACCGUUGGUGUUUGUGGUUAUGUUGCCGUUGACUUCUCUACCCACAAGUGGAAUAUGUGGUCCAUUUACCAAUCGGCCGAAUAUACCAUCGCCCAAGGUCUCCGACGGCUCCACCAGAGUCUCUGUACAAAAAAGGUUUCUUGUCUUCCAGGAUGUUGCCAAUUGCUGCGCGUUUGCGAGGAGACAUGCGGUGACUUCAUUCUCAUCCAGGAAUUCGGCUAUCAUCCUAAGCCUACGGAUGGUAUCAUCAAACGUAUCCGUGCCACUGCAUCUGAGGACCGCAACCAUGUCUGUUUAAUGCUUAUGACGUUUCCAAAAGCACGUACCCGCCAAGCGCUCAGAGCGUAUGCUUUUACCGACGUGCCGCAUUCUCUAUCGGUUUUUCUUAGCCAGCGUCGGCGCUGGACACUUGGAGCGACAGGGAACGAUUUAAUGUUAUUUAUUGAAUCAUCGAUUCGGUUCAAUCUAUGGGAGCGAAUUGUGGCAUUUUGUAAUUGUCUUACUUGGCUCCUUAAUUUCUUCGUCAUUGCCAGUUUGGCUUGUAUGAUCUACGCGUUUAUGCACCAACCUUUCUGGGUUAUUAUGAUCUUCGCUUCUAUCAUGAUUAUACCGCUUUGCUAUUAUGUGGGUUUGGCGGUGUGGUUGUGUAAGAAUUCGCUCGAACGACGCCAAUACCUUCUAGGGCUUGCUAUUUUCACGACCUGCGGCCCUUUUAUUAAUAUCUGUGUAACAUUCUAUGCCUGCAUAUAUAUGGAUAAUUUCGGUUGGGGUAAGACGCGCAAGGUCAUCGCUGAGACUGGUGAAGCCGAAGAACCCAACUUUGAGGAACAGCAAGACCGAUUCGAGGAGGCGCUUCACAACACUGAAAAGAUUAUUGGUACUUUGGUACCUGACGAGGAGAACCAGCUUGAUCCUGAGGUCUACAGAACACCAUUCACGGCGCCUACUGGCAGUAGACUCACUCUCGACACGAACACUAGCGAAAGUAUACAGGUCCCUCCCCCCACCCAUAACCCUCAUCAUACUAUCGACACACGCGACUUCAUCUAAGUCGGAACAAAAGUCAUUAUCAUUACAUAAGGAGUUUGGCUUAAUAAAAGUUCUGGCGUCUACGAACCCAAAAAUUUAUUAGAUGCCGCCCGUCUUUCCUUUUGCCUAUUCUUUUUUAUUCAUACGCAUAGGUCACAAUAGACCCUGAGGUACGGAGAUGGCGAGUCGGGGGAGGUAUAUAUUGAUGUAAAAAAAAGUUGGAUAU